ACAGAACACGCUUGCGCCAAAAUGCGCGGCAACGACCACAUACCCAUCCGCCACGUUCCGGGCCAUAACCCGAACCAGAAGCCCAUAAGGCGUCACCACACGGCCCGCUACUACGUGCAGCGGGUACAGGACAGCCUCACCACCCGGGUCUCCAAGGUCAUCUGCGGCACCUUCCUCAGCCUCCUCUUUAUUUUGGGCCUAAUCACUUUCAUCCUCUGGAUCAGCCUCCGCCCUCACAGGCCCAGAUUCCACAUCCACGAGUUCUCUAUUCCGGGCCUGGCCCAAUCAUCUGGCUUCCAAAAUGCCCAAGUCAAUUUCAAUGCAACGGCCCGAAACGCCAAUCAGAACAUCGGUAUUUACUACGAGUCAAUGGACGGGGCGGUUUACUACCAGGAUCAGAAAAUCGGGUCGACGCCGUUACUUGAUCCGUUUUAUCAGCAGCCCAAACAUACGACGAUAGUGAACGCCGUUCUCAGUGGGGCUACGUUGACCGUUAACAGUCAACGAUGGACGGAGUUCCAGAACGAUAGGGUUCACGGUAGCGUGGUGUUCCGCUUGGAAUUAACGUCUGUGAUUCGGUUCAAGAUAUCGUCGUGGCAGAGCAAGCGCCACAGAAUGCACGCUAAUUGUAAUGCGGGUGUGGGACCCGAUGGGUCCAUCUUACCCCUUUACAAAGACAAGAGAUGCCCCGUUUACUUCUCUUGAAGAUGCGAGAAUAAUAUCACUAAUUUCAGUAAUUUGUAUUAACUUCAGUCUUCACCUUAGUUUUUUUUUUAAUUAUCUAUUUCUGACUAUUGUUAUGUAGUCUUCCGAAUUUUCUUACAUUUGUGAUCUGUGUUGUGAUUUA